AUGGCGGAGGCGGGAAAGGAGCCCGUGUGCCUCGGCCUCUCGGGAGAAGCGGCCACGCAGUGGCCCCUGCAGCGCUAUGGCCGCUUCAUGCUCCCGAGCGCGGGCGAGCGGUCCGGGCUGGACACCGAAGAAGCCGGGGCGGCCUCUGCCCCGACGUGGAAGGUCUUUGAUUCCAGUGAAGAGUCUGGGUAUCUUGUUCUCACUAUCGUUAUAUCGGGUCAUUUCUUCAUUUCUCAAGGAAAGACACUACUGGAAGGGUUUUCACUCAUCGGCAGCAAGAGCUGGUUGAAGAUUGUGAGGCGGAGGGACUGCCUGUUGUUUGGGACCACGAUACAGAACAAGAGCCGGAUGUUCCGGGUGCAGUUCGGCGGCGAGACGGGGCAGCAGGCCCUGGAACACUGCUGCAGCUGCGUGAAACGCCUGGCACAGUACACGGCCGUCCAGGAGCCUGACAGGACAGGCUGCGAGCUCCAGCUGAGUCCUGGCCCCAGGAGGGACUGUGCACAGAGCACCCCACUGCAGCUCUGCGCGCUCUCUCUGCAUCCACAGAGGGCCCCAGAGCAGCCAAGUGGAGCAACCAGCGCAAAGCCUCCAGAAGGAAGAACCUCCGUGACCUGGUUAGCUCAGUCACUCCUGGCCUCGGAAGCGCUCCCCACGGCAUGCGGACAGUCUGCGUGGAAGGUGGCAGACAUAGGCCCCUUUCUACGCUUGUGCCUCAUGGAUCAGAAUUUCCCAGCUUUUGUGGAAGAGGUAGAAAAGGAACUAAAGAAGCUAACGGGAUUAAAAAAUUAACAUCCUAAAAAA